AGAUAAAGCUGCAAGCAGCGUGGUCUUGCAGCUCGAGUCAAGGGCACCGGGCCGGCGAGUAAGAGAGAGAAAGUCGGGAACUGACCGCAAAAGCUUCCACACGCCAGGGACUGUCACUGAGGGCGAGAUUCUAGUUGUUCUGCACAGAAGUGAAGAGUCCUGAGAAGCAGCGAUGGAACAAGCAAGGUCAACUAUCUCCAAAAUUUUUAACGGUGAACCACACACCUACACACGAUUCAACUUGACCCAGAACAUGGAAGGUGACAACAGCCAGGUGGAGAUGAAGCUGUCUUCUGACAUGGAUGAGGAGGUUGGGGAGAACGGCGUGGGAGGACGGCAUCAUCACACUUCUAACGGCAAACCUUACAUGGCUCAGAAGCUCGGCCGGACACCCAAGGACCUGUGCUUCAUGGUGUCUGCUGCCCUCCUCGUCUUCUUCAUUGGAUUGUUGAUUGGAUAUAUAGCUGUAGGGAAAAAGCAGGUGGCUCCUGUCUGUGCAUCCUCCGUUAGCCUCACAGAACCCUCAGUUCUCCACGAGACCGGCGCUGCCCCCCUGAUGGACUGGGACGAUGUCAAAACCCUCUUUGCUCAGAAAUUAACUGCUGCUAAACUACAAAAUGCCCUCAGUGAGUUUUCUCAAGUCAGCCACCGGGCUGGUUCUCCUGAAGAUGAAUCCCUGGGAAACAAAGUGCUGCAGAGGUUUAAGGGGUACGGUAUGAACACCUGGACGGAUGAGCACUUCAUCAAGGUUCAAGACCCCCCAUCGUCUGGAAGUAACAGAGUCGUUUUCAAGAACACGUUACAGGAGUUUCCAAAGGGAUUCCUGUCCUACAGCAACACUGGAUCAGUAACGGGCGCCGUGCUGUAUGCUCAUUAUGGCCUGGAGGAGGACUUCAGGAAGCUGCGGGACAGAAACAUCAACAUGAAUGGCAGAGUCAUGCUGGUCAGAGCUGGAAAAAUCAACUUUGCUGAGAAGGUUGCCAAUGCUGCUAAAAUGAACGCCUCUGCUGUUUUGAUCUACCCAGACCCAACUGAUUACUCUAUCGGAGACAAGACUGAACUUUAUGGACAUGUCCACAUGGGCUCAGGGGAUCCUUAUACCCCAGGCUUUCCCUCUUUCAACCACACUCAGUUUCCUCCUGUGGAGUCUUCAGGCCUACCCAGAAUCCUGGCGCAGACCAUCACACAGGACAUGGCAAUCAAAAUCCUUCGUCAACUCGAGGGUCAGAGAAUGCCAGACGAGUGGGAAGGUUACAGCAAGUUAGGAAACGAGAGUGACAUCAUCACUGUGGAGGUCAAGAACGUCCUUGCUGAGAAGAAGAUCCAUAAUGUGUUCGGCGUCAUCAAAGGAUUUGUCGAUUCAGACCGAUAUGUGGUUAUUGGUGCCCAGAGGGACGCAUGGGGUCCAGGCUUUGCAGCGUCAACUGUUGGCACCGCCGUCCUGGUUGAACUGGCGCGCUCCAUCGCAGAUAUGGUGAAGAACGAUGGGUUUAAGCCGAGGAGGAGCAUUGUGUUUGCUAGCUGGAGUGCUGGAGAAUACGGAAGUGUUGGCGCCACCGAGUGGUUGGAGGGAUAUUUGUCUUCUCUGAGCACGAAAGCCGUGUCUUACAUCAACCUGGAUGGCAUUGUAACAGGUCAGAAAGGAUUUAAAGUAGCAGCUAGUCCCUUAUUGCACACCUUGAUUCAAAAGACUCUAGAAGAGGUUAAAAACAAAGAUCUGACUCUUUUGAACCAAUUUGCAAAGAGCGACUGGGAGUCAAAUAUUCUGGAGCCAAUGGAGCCAGAUAACGCUGCAUAUUCUUUCCUUGCCUUCUCUGGAAUUCCCUCAAUAUCGUUUAGAUUCUCCACUGAAAAUUCAGGCUACAAGUUCCUUGGAACACUGCAGGACACCUCCGACAACCUGAACAUCGCCACAUCCAGCCAGGUUCCUCAGCUGGCUGAGGCAGCGGGCCGCUUUGCUGGCCAUAUAGCUCUGAGGCUGGUCCACGACCAUCUGCUGCAGAUGGAUGUGAUGAAGUACUACAAGGUCAUACGUUCUCAUGUGGCCAAGAUCAAUGGAAAAGUCAGGGAAGUUCAGCGGAUAAAACCAGAGCUGUUGCCCAAAGCCCUGACGGUGAAAUGGCUGAUCUCGGCCACGGGUUCAUACAGCCGUGCUGCUCGCAACCUGCUGACCGACAUCCAGAACAGUGACCUGGAGGACAUCGAAAUGUGUCGCCUCAUCAACGACCGAAUCAUGACGGUGGAACGCAACUUGCUGUCCCAAUACGUUUCCCCCAGAGAGAGCCCGUUCCGCCACAUCCUGGUCGGCUCGGGCCCCCACACUCUUAAAGCUCUCCUCAAACACCUCGACGAUCUGAAGUACGACAACCCCGACGCGGAUGCUGACCUGUUCCGCAACCAGUUCGCCCUAGCUACCUGGACCGUCCAGGGCUGCGCCAACUCCUUAGCGGGGGACAUCUGGUCUCUGGAUAACGAAAUCUAAAUCCCAAUUCACGCUGCAACCUCCAUCCAUAAUCCGGCCCUCACAUUGCAAGCAGGAAGCGUGACCAACCUGCUGUUGCACAAUCUUUAAAAUCAAUAAUUGAAAAAAAUUGUGAAUAUCUGUCAUAGCCCCCCUGUGUAAUUAUUUGGAUUUGAGCUUCAUCUCUAUUAUUUCUAUUUACAUGGGACACUUGAAAACCCCAAUGUUGAAUGCUUUGGUGCUAUUAAUGACAACAUCCUGGCCACUCGAUGUGCCGUUACUAGGUAAUAGUGUUACCCCAUGAAUGAGAUGAAUGUAGAGCAGGACUUUCUUUUUUUCAACAUCCUAAUAGGUCAUAAAACACUUAAAGCUCAGAAAAAUACAUAAUCAAAGGGCACAUUCACAAACGAAUGACUUUCUACCUGUUUACUAAAAUGAUUACAAUGCGUGCUGUUUGCUGCUGGAGCCAAAUGUUCAUUCCUGAGCUGGUUUCUGGUGGCAGCUCUAAUUUUAGAAAGCAGCUCAUCAGUUUCAGAAGGUGCUGAAAUUUCCUUUUUUAACUUAAUGAUGCAGCCGCUGUGGCGCACCGAACACAGCCGCAGAUUUGGGAUAAUCUGCCUCGAAGCUGGAGACGUGCGCCACAUCAGCUGCGGUGUUAAGACCGCUGAACCAAUCAGAGUCGCUGACCUCAUGGCCUUAGAGCUAAUAUGUGUCGACCUUCCCUGAAAGCAAGGAAGAAGGUCUCAAACAUGUGGCACUGAACCAGACACCGUACGUUUAUUUAUUGUGUUAUUUAUUUAUCAGUGGCAGGGUUCACUAUAAAUAGCUUUUAAUUGCCUUUUUUAAAUCUAUAUAAUUAUCGGGAGCAGUGCCUUCCAUAAUUAUGACAGUUAUACUGUCGAAAUGACAAAAGCAGCAUCUGCUAAAAGAAGUGUACGUGUCAACCGACGGCCUGGACCCAACACUCAGAACUAUUGGUUCUGCUGUUUCAGCAUCCGUGCUGGUCCCUUGGUUCGUGUGCACUUCUCAUCCUGACAGCAUUAUCGGAAGCAGUGUUUUCCAUAAUGCGGCAAAGAAGAAGGUAGUUUUUGCCUACCAGCAUGUGUCCGUAUCGGAGGCAGUGCCCUCCAUAUUUCACUGUAGAGGUGGAUGUUUUUUUUUAUUAUCGGGAACAGUGUUUCCCAUAAUGUGUAAAUACAGUUGAUAGCUUUGCAUACAUGUCGCUUCCACUCCUGCAUCCUCUGUGAAUGUUGUGUUAAUCGAGCGCUCGUCUGACCGCUGUCAUGUUUUUGUUGUGAUUGGAACCGAUACAGGAGGUUUUCUGCUUCAACCAGAAGCAUGUUGUAAACCUGCAGGAACCCCCCACAGUUGCAUCAUUGCGCCAGUAUUUCCAUAAUGACACCUCCCUGAGGUAUUAGGGGUUUUGUCGUUAUCCAUUCAUGCAAUGAGAACAUUUCUUGCUGAUGUCUUUGUGCCUUUAAGUUUCCUGAAUUUUCACUAUAAAGAUAUGAUGAUUGUUUAGAAGGUAAAAAAUGGCGCUUCUUGUUUUGGUUUCCCUUUUUUCUUCUUGCUAGAAUCAAAAGUUACUGUUGUAAGAUGCUGUUACAACACAUUCAGACUCGAAUAUCUUAGAAUGAAAGUAUAAAUGUAAUAAAUUUGGGUCUUUGUAAUCAGAAGGCAAAGAUGCAGCUCCCCCGCAAGAGCUGUGGCAUAAAUUGAGUUUUAAAUGCCCGCUGCAGUCGAUAAUAGGCCUGCUUGAGGCUGCACAUCUGGACCUGCAAGAAAAAAAAAGGAUUAACAUUCAGGAACACCUCUAGAAAAUUCCUUUGGUUCAUUGAACUUACCUGAGAAUUGUUUAAGCUUGUUUUUCUCCCUGUCACUGUAGAAGCAGGCUUUGCUGGACAUUUUUAUUGCAAUAAAAGUCACUUAACCUCUUA